UAUAGACGUGACACGACCCUCUGCUCGUCAUACCGCCGACCCCUGGCCCGCCCGCCCCUCGAAGCGCCAGCCUUCGUCACUGUCUCGCCCUUUCUCUUCUCGUCGCCGAUUCCCUAUCGCAUAGCCGCCUCCGACUCCUUCUACCGCUGCUCCCCAGCCCCCUUUUCACGUCGGAUCCGGACAACUUAGGCCUCGACUCCCAGCUACAUUUUGUUAAGAAGACCGACCACGGCCAUCGGCGUUCCGCAGGGACUGCGUCAUCGUCAUGCCGGGCUUCGCAGACUCCUUCUGGUCGGCGGACUACGCCGCAGGGCUGGGUGUCCUGUUCACCAAGCUCCAGCAGGGGGUCCAGGAGAAUCGACAGGUUCUGGCCAUCGCACGGAUGCGUGCCGAAGCCGAGGAGACCUACGGCCAGCGACUCGCGGAAAUCACACCUGCGGCCGACAAGAUCGCCGGAGGCUUCUCGCGAGACGAUGGCGCAAGCGUCAAAAAGGCGUACGAUGGGAUGCGAUCCGAGAUGGAAGAUGCCUCCAAGAGCCACAAGAAGAUCGCACAGAGCAUCAGGGAUCUAGUAGUAAACCCAUUUACACGGUGGUGCGACGCCCACGAAACACGCAUUCAGGACUCGCAAGACGAACUGCAGACCCGCAUCAAAGCACACGAUCGUCAGGCCGAGGUAGUGAAGAAGCUGCGAAGCAACUACUUCAACAAGUGUCGCUUGGUCGAAGACCUCGAGGAAGAAAAUAAGCUAGCUUUCCAAGACCCCGAGACGAGCCCGAAGCAGAACCAGAACAUACCGGAGAUCAAGGUGUCGACGAACAAGGAAGAGGAGGAGGAGGAUGACGAGAUAUUCGAAAUCGGCGACGAGACGUACCAAACCGAGCAGGUCAAGAAGGUGCUGGCGCACAUGCUAAACACUAUCAAGAUGGGCGAGACCAAAGUGCCGAUCUUGGGCACGUACCUCAACACCUCAGCCGGCUCCGACAUCGUCGAGUAUUUGCAACGGCACAUGGGUUCAACUAGCGUCAGCUACUCCGAGCGCAUUGGCCAGGACCUCGUGUCGAACGGUUUCCUCCGCCUCGUUGGCAACGUUGGAAACAACUUCGCAAACAGCUCCAAGCUCUUCUACCAGUGGCGGCCAAAGGCCUUCCAAUUGGCAGGCGUGCCGGAGAAGAAGGCCACCAUCUCUAGGACGUUCUCUAUGCCCUCGUCAGACGGCGGAAGCGACUCGCCCGUCGUUGGCGCCGUCAGCGAGUACUUGUCUGGCUGGAACGUCCUUAACAACCAGCACCCCAACGAGACGCCCUCGGAACGCCUGCGACGCGAGGCCAGAGAGACGGACGAUAAAUACAAGGCCAGCGUCCAAAAGCUCGACGAGAUGCGCUGCGAGCUGGAGGAGGCCAUUCUCGUGCAUCUGAGAUUCCUCGAGCGCUGUGAGCUAGACAGGCUGAAAGCUAUCAAGACCGUCAUUCUCGACUUCUCGGGCACCAUCGGAAACGUCAUUCCGAGCUUGCAGUCAGCGGUUGACCGCAUGGUUCUCUACCAGGAGACGAUCCAGCCCGCGGGCGACCUACGGUAUCUUCUGGAGAAUUACAGAACUGGUCACUUUGCACCCAGGGUGGUCACCUACGAGAACUAUUACAACAAGGUUGACGAGCAGACUUUUGGCGUAGACCUAGAGGCCAGGGCCCGAGCGGAUAAGAAGCGCGUCCCUAUCAUCGUCACAACCAUUCUAACCUACCUCGACAACCACUACCCCGAUCUAGAGGGCGACGAAGCGAGGCGGGGGGUGUGGCUUACCGACAUCCAGCUUAGCCAAGUUCACAAGCUGCGAGCGAAAUUAAACAACGGCAAGCCGUUCACCUCCGAGGACCUCUCGGAAUUCGACGUCCCUACCGUGGCACAUCUGCUGAAACUGUACCUCCUCGAGCUCCCUGACUCUCUAGUUUCCUCCCAUGUGUACGAGAUCAUAAGAACGAUUUACGCCACUCCGGCGUCCGACUCGACCGACGAGGCUCGCGUUGCCGUUCUCCAACAGACGCUCUCGCAAUUGCGACUCACCAACAUUGCCACUCUCGACGCAUGCAUGAAUCACUUUACUAGAUUGAUAGAUCUAACGUCGGCAGAUGAGCAAUACGUCAACGAACUCGCCAUGUCUCUAGCUCCUUGCGUCUUACGACCCCGGACAGAGACAUCGUUGACGAUGGAGGAGAAACACGCAUACCGCCUCAUCCGCGACUUGUUCGCGCACAAAGAUUCCAUCUUUGGCGAGCUGAAGCGCAUGUCGACUCUCACGCACUCGGGCUCGGUCACCAACAACCGACCCCGAGCCAUCAGUACAGACGAAAGUAACCGAAGAGCCCACAUGGAAGAAAGGCAGCGAGCCUUGCUGGAGAAGGCAGGACCGCGCGGACGCGCUACGAGUCCGGCGCCCGGCCCCCGUCAUAGGCGUGAUAGGAGUACGGGCGGGCCCGAAACCCGAUUUCCCAUAGCGAGUCCGACGGUGUCGAACGAGCGCCAACGAAGUAGCCUCGGCAGCCUCGGGCCGAAGAGGCAGAGUCUUGAGGUACCCGAUGGUUCCGAAGCGCCGGCGCCGGCGCCGGCCACGAACGGGAGCAGCACCAAUGGCGACUCGCCCAAGACGGAGGGCGAGUCCUUCAUCUCGAAGCGCGACAGCAUAGGCCGGAGCGGGGCCCGGUUCGUGGGCGGUCGGCGGGUGACCACCUCGUCAACCGUUGGGAGCACGCCAUCGACGCCCGUCAGCAGGACCGGCACCGACGGCGGGACCCCGGUGCACGACCGCGGCGUGACGCUCACCGACGCGCCCAUGGACGACUAGUAACGCGUGGAAACGUCAAAGCGAGCGUGACCCCGCCCUCUCAUGUCUAUAGACGGUCGGUUUGUUGGUUUUAAGCUUCGGGAACUUCAGGGAAUUGACGACAACGAGGAAAACCACUCGGAAGAAGUGGUGAGAGAGCUAGGCGGCGUACCUGCAUAUGGACGGCGUUUGUCCCUUUUUUCGGUUUCAGGACUCCGCGCUCUUCUCCCUCUUCUUCCUUCUGGCUAGGAGAUUUACGCCGACUCUAGUUAGCUCUCGAUCUAACUAUCUCUAUAUCUAUCUCCUCCCACGUAUAUUUCUUUUGUUACGCGUAUAGCAGUCUCGAGCCUCUCCCCGGCCUCCCUUUCUUUCGGGCGAUCAACUGCGGACCUCGGCCAAGAGAAUGGGGACGGAGAAGGAAGAGGAGAAAUAAAGGAGGGAAUGGAGGUCUGGUGCGGACAUUGAUACCUUGGGAGACAGAAAGAAAAAGGGGGGGGCGAGGUUGAAACUCUGUGCCCAACCUACCUACCUACCUCCUCGUGAUAUCUAUGCGUAAUGCAUAAUGUAAGAAAGAGAGAAUGAAGAAGAAGGAUAUGAAGAACAUACAAUUAUCGGUUCACGGUUCUUGAUUUCCCUGUGCAUGUAUGUAUUAGGAUCGCCAGGACGUUUAUUUUGUACCUCAGCCACUAACUACUAACUAC